AAAUCUUCUAUGAAUGUCAAAUGUUCUAUGAAUUGUCACAACAAGUACUAUCAGACAGGCUUACUUUUAAAAUUGUUAAAUUGCUUGUAAUGUUACCGUAAUCCCACGUUGUCCACAACACCUGAAUGCGACAUCAACAGCGUCAGAUCAAAUUGGAGGUAUGAACUGCGCAUGUGCAUGACCGAGCUGUAUCGGAAGCACAAAUCGGGCUUAUCGAGGGGUUUCACAUAAAAACAACGAAAAUAAAAGAGCCAUGUCAGGUUUUCUGGACGGAAUCCGGUGCGGAGACUGCGAGUGCAAUGUGGACUGGGGGGAGAGAAGGAACGCCAUCGCUUCUGUAGCUGCUGGAGUUCUGUUCUUCACUGGUUGGUGGAUCAUCAUUGAUGCAGCAGUGAAAUAUCCUGAAGAGGGGGAGUUUCAUCAUGCCUAUCACACUUGUGGAGUCAUCGCUACAGUGGCCUUUCUCAUGAUAAAUGCUGUUUCCAACGGCCAGGUGAGAGGGGACAGCUACAGUGAAGGCUGCAUCGGACAGACAGGCGCUCGAGUUUGGCUCUUCAUCGGCUUCAUGCUGGCUUUUGGCUCCCUCAUCGCCUCUAUGUGGAUCCUGUUCGGAGGAUUUGUAGUGCCUCAAAAGCCUGUCGUGUACCCCGGUAUUGCCAUUUUCUUCCAAAACGCGUUCAUUUUCUUCGGGGGUUUGGUCUUCAAGUUCGGGCGUACAGAAGAUCUUUGCAGUAAUGGACUCUGUGUAUUGGUUUCCACUGUUUAUACACUCUGCUUUCUAUAUUGUAUGAGACAAUAUGCUUUAGUGGUUAUUCACUUUAUAUAUGAACUUUUUUAGCUUUCAAAUUAACAUGUUUAAUUUUUAUUGUUUGCUGUAUAAUGGCUAAAUCAUAACAAGUCACACAUUUCCAUAGGUUCCUAUUUUAAAAUUGGUGAACAUUUUCAAAUGUGGGACAUCUCUAAAUGUGUCUAUUUGCACUCAACUGUGUAGCCAUGUUUGAUCUAAAGGUGUACAUCUUGUGUACAACAAAAUGUGUUUCUUGGGAGCUUUGUUUCUCUGAACUGUCCACAUUUGCUUUGGGUAUACUUACUUUUAUAACAUUUUGAAUCUGGAAAGUCUUUUAAGUGGACACAGUAUAAAUUAUUAUGAUACAAACCAUGGAGGGCAAUAUUUCAUAAUACUGUACACAUUUACUGAAUGUAACCAUAUGGGUUGUUUCUGACUGCAACACCUACCUAUUUGCUUGUGUAACAUCAAAACCAUGAUGUCUGUUUCUAACCCCCUUGGCAGCAUUAAACAGCAACAUACCACGCAGAAAA